AUGCCGAAGUCCGCCAUGAAGUCCAAGGCCAUGAAGGCAGCCAAGGCCAUGACCAAGGCACAGCUGGCGGACCAACUCGCCACCAAGUCGGAGCUCAAGAAGAAGGAUGUGAUGUCGGUUCUGCAGGGGCUCUCCGAGAUCGGUGCGAGUGAGGUCUCCAACACCGGCAAGUUUGUUCUGCCAGGGCUCUGCAUGAUCAAGACGCGUCAGAAGCCAGCGACGAAGGCUACCACCCGCAUGAUGUUCGGGAAGGAGGUGCAGAUCAAGGCACAGAAAGCUCGGACGAUCGUGAAGGCACAGGUGUUGGCGGCGCUCAAGAGCCAGGUGUAA